CGCUGCCGUCAGUGCCGCGAGCGACGCCGGCGCACCAACCCACCUGCCGUCCGCGCACCACUCACCACCAGUGUCGUGACCUGUUUUGGAACUAUAAACAAUACUAUACAGUGCUAUGUGCCUGAAUCGCCACUGCCGGCGAGUGUUUAGAAAACUAUUGUGUUGUGACAAGAAUUGCUUUUACUUUAACUUGUGCGGUUGAGAAGCCAACCGGCGGCUUCGCGUCACUUUUCAAUUCGGAUCAAAGGUAGCAGGCAGAAGAUGGCGAUGAAAGAGUGGCUGCAAUGGCUGCCCCCGCCGCGGUCGUUACUGGCUCUACUGCUAGCGAUUGCGGGGUUCAGUGGCCGGUUGUUCGCGUCUCACGUCACUCACUCGCCGACGCUGCUCGUCGACACCUGUCACUCCCUCUGCAGGCUUGUCGGACUCAUCACUACAGUUCUUGCUUAUAAAUACGAACGAGCAGACGAGAACACGGGCCGCGAGGGCCGCCUGCGCAACACAUUCGGCUGGGCGCGCAUCGAGGUGGUGGGACGACUGUCUGUGCACGUGUUGUUCGCGUCGUUUGCGCUCGCGCUGGUGGUGAACGCGCUGCAGCUGGGCGUACACUCGUCGCACGGGCAGCCGCCCAGGUACCCGCGCAUCAUCGUCGGCUGCGCCGUCAUCGGGUUACUGUUGUACGCCAUUAACUACAUGCUGCUUGCUGGUCGCGAGUUGAGCUACAGCCGGCGCCUGAGCAUGACGGAGGGCGGCGGCGUGAUCCUCAAGACCGGCGCGGGAGAGCCCAUCCUCGCGCAUGCGCCCACCGACAUCGCCAGCAGCCUGUUUGUGAUGGGUGCUGGUUUAACGGCGGAGUGGGAGCCGGUAGCGGCGCGCAUCGCAGACCCCGCGCUCUCGGCCUGCGCCGCCAUUAUUCUGGUCAUAUUCAACUAUCCAUUCAUGCGAUCAGCGGGUCUGGUACUGCUACAGACAGUGCCGGAGGGUCUGGGCGCGUGCGAGCUGCGCGCGGCAGCUCUCAAGGUCCCUGGCGUGGUCGCCAUCCACGAGCUGCACGUCUGGCAACUACAUCGUGAUCGGGUCGUCGCUACUGCUCACGUCGCCUACGGCUCGCAUGAGGAUUAUCGGCGAAGUUCUGGGCUGGUGUGCAAUGUGUUCAAACGUCACGGUAUUGGGUUAGUCACGCUGCAGCCAGAGUUUGCUUUCGCCUCCUUAGUGGGUAAAACAGGAGCAGGAGCAGAGGAAGAAAAGAAGCAACUGGUAGAAUUUGCAAACCUGGCAUGCCCAAGUCCUUGCGCCAAGGAGUGCAUCGCGCCUCGGUGCUGCUUGCCCCCUGGCAAGCCACCCAUCACCCGUGUCUAAGAGUUCCAAGGCCAAAAUACAAAUACGUAUGUUUAUCAAAUUCAAUCAAGGGAAAGAGGAAGACGGGGGGGGGUGCCCCCCCUUCCCUUCCUUUCCUUUUGUAAGAUGAACAUCUUCAAUUAAGGGAAAAUAUCUAAAUAUUAUGACUCGGCGAUGGGUUGCGAAACUGGGGUUGCUGGGUUCUCACUCGCUCCGGCUUGGCAAGAACUACGGGUUCAUCACGGCCGAGUCAGAAUGUUUCGAUCUGUGAGGUUUCCCGAAACACGAGUAAGUGCAAAAACAGAAAACAAUCACGUAUCUUCUCUUCAACUAGUAUCCACGGAACAGCUGAAUGACCAUACAAAAGAUAGUUUAACUUCUUGCCUUAAUUUUACGCUCAAUAUUUUGUGCCACAAAGUGACUUAGAUUAUCGUCUAUUAAAUCCAGUUGAGAUUUGAUCCACCCGCGUUGGUGCCGAUUCUUAAAUACAAACAUAGUUACUAGUUCUAAAAACCAGCUCUAUCUAUUCCUUGGAGUUAUCCACCACUUAUCAUACCUAAAGAACGACACUAUUUCUGAAAGUAGUGCUCUCUCUCUCUUUAUUUAAGAGCUGCGCUCUUGUCGGUGGAGUAAUCGCCAUUCCUCUCUUUUUCCCGCCAAAACCACCUCCUGAUACGACACGACCUGCACCUUCUCUUUUUUUAUUAUUUUUCUUCUUGUGUGCUCUAAAGCUGUCAAAAUAAAAUAACAUUUUCUUCGCGAGAAUCGGCGCCAUAGCAUAGAUAUACUCGUAUAGAAUAGUAAGUAUUACCAAAGAUGUACCAUUCGAGUGUCGCGGCAACGAGGAGGUUUCUAAUCGUAGCGGGUAAUGAUACCCCGCUCCGGCGAGUGAAAGUAAUAAAUAAAAACGGCGUCAAGCCACCACGCUCAGUGCUGUGCCGUUCCCGGGAAUUUUCCCAUUUUGGGAAUGUUCCCUGGUCUUAUCUGCCUAAAGGUUAGCUAAUAAAGCUCUUUUUGCGGCUUUUUCUAUGUGCAGUUUCUGCCUAAAGGUUAGGUAAUAAAGUUCUUUUUACGGCUUUUUGUUGCCGGGAACAUGAAUUUUCCCAUUUUGGGAACCUUUAGGCAGAAACUGCACAUAGAAAAAGCCGCAAAAAGUGCUUUAUUAGCUAACUCUCUCCAUUAAUAAGACUAGAUAAGACAAGAGCACAAGAAAGAACAAUUUGAAAAAGAAAAGCAGCUCUUUACUAUUAAAAAGUUUAUACAACGGGAACAUUCCCACUUUGGGAAAAUUCCCGGGAACGGCACGCCACUGCAUGCUACAUUAUGUCACUACACCGCAUCUCUCAAUGGACAAUUGUUGGGACUAACAGUGCAAUCAGUUAUCUCAAGUUUAUACGUCGGAUAAUGAACGUAUUGUUAAAAUACAAUGGCCUUUAUUUCCGCAAAGACAGCCUUUAUAUGGACAGUUCGAGGCGUGAUACGUAAGUAGCGAAUGAUACAUUAAGUGUGACAUUUAAACUUAUAGUUAGUUACAGUCUAAAUACGUAGUACCUUGUUUAAGCUAAAGCUCACUGCACAUAGAGGCAGCACCGGGUGCGUCCCCAGGGUUGUUUAACAUAAUGGUAUAAGAAAACCAGGUAUACUCAAUGUAGUGUAUUGAUAUUGCUAUCCUUGUCUCGGGCGCAUACGUCAUCUGAAUACAGAGCAAGACAAACAAUCAGUCAAUGCAGGACGGUCUGCCUGUACAGAGUGAUGUGUUGGCGAGCCAAAUCAUGGCAGUAUACAAAAGGUGUACUCUACACUCAAUCCCAUGACAAGCCGCCAUUGCUAGCCCUUUGAUGACGUAAGUGUUACCAUUAAAUUGGUAUCUCCAACAUUCUAAGGACUUUAAUUUUAUUAUUGAAAAUUAAGCGAAUUACUGAGUACAAUUACUAUCACUUGUCACAUAUAUAAAAAACAUUAAAACUGUAAGGAAAUGACUACUACUUAGUAUUAAAUUUCAAAAUUAAAAGCAUCAGUUGUGGGUAAUUUUUUUUUUUACGAAAUGGGAAUGCAGGGUCGGAUGAUGUCAGCUGGGCUAACCUUGAAAUGUUAGCUGUAACUUUUGAGCAUACCAGCCGCGUCUGCAUAACAACCGCGCCGCGGCGCGAAUUAUAUUGAGUGUAUCGACCAACAGCCGUUUGACGUCCAUCUACGUAGAUAGCAUUCGUAUCGUUUAUUGGUCCAAGCGCUCGAUAUAAUUCGCACCGCGCGCGGCGCGUUUGUCAUGCAGAUCCGGGUGGUUUUCUUAUACCAUGGUUUAACACAGGAAUCCGCUGAGAUUCGGCAUGAAACCGUUACCAUCUUUGUGUACUGGGCUUAAGUAUACCAAGGGGGUUAAAAAGGCCACAUAGAAGCAAUUCGUCUAAAAAUCAAUAUACUGCUAAAUUACAUUUGCACAUAUAAAAAUAACUGCGCAAUGCCAACAAAUGACAUAUAGAAAUAUUACUUUUUUAGAUGAUUUGCUUCGAUGUCGUCUUUUUAACCCCCAAGGUACGCAAAUAUAAACAAAUAUUACCGGUAAACUUAACAGCUUAUCCUUCUGUAAUGGAACAACGUAACAAUUGAAAACAGCUCAGAAUGUUUUUUUAAUUGCUCAUUUUUAACACCCGACGUUAUGCGGAGAGGUGUUAUAAGUUUGAUUUCUUUGUCUAUCUGUCUGUUUGUCCGCGCCAUUGUAGCUCCAAAACGGAUCGUGCUAUUUGGUUGCAGUUUUUUUUGUUUGAAAGUUGGUAUUUGCGAGAAGGUUCUUAGACAUGCCUAAAGGAUCCAUGGACUUAUGAUGACCAGGCAGUCAUAGGAAUUCGACAAACAAUGACCGAGUAGCUUUUUCGAAUUGUUUUGAUUGUAAAUAUCUAAGUCACAGCAAAAGGCCUUAGCCAAGUUGCAAACGAUUGUGACAGUUGACAUUUUUUUUUGACAUGACUUACAUUAAAUUUGCCGCAAAUGGCAUUAACUACAUGUCCGGACAAAUGGGCAGCGCUGAGAGCUUUCACCCGGUACCAAAUUUAAGACAACAGGCCUGAGGGUGUCCAGUUGGGCGCGAACCUCGACUCAGGACGUCAUCUGAAAGGAUAAUAUUUGGAAGAAUUAAUCGACCCUAGCGGGUCGAUAGCGAUAGGCGCUGAAUGAGGGAUAUCGUCGACCACGCCGGCGGGGUCUGUCGGACAGUCGACAGUGACAGUAAUAAAAAUGUAUAAUCGUUUGCAACUUGCCUAAGGAACCUGUUUAUACUUAUAGAUAUUAAGUUUAUUAAUGUGUUGAUGUCUUUGUUCAUGUAUACAUACAUAUACCUAAACAACUAUGCUUUCCUUACUAAGACGACGACAACCAGCGACAAGUAAGUAUAGUUAGUGCCCUAUGUAACUUCAUAGAGUAAGGAAUGUUACUAAGAAUAGAACGGCAACUCUCCGCUCCCCACCAGCGGCUGACCUAAGUUUACCUCACCCCAUCGAACGUAGUCUUUAAUCGUAUGGCGUCAGACGUCACACACACAGGUGCGCGUGUACAAUACCGUCGAUGUGUAGUAUUACACAUAAUACGAGGUGUUUUGUAUGAAGUAUCCGGGGUGUGGUUACUUAUGUGUCUGGUCUUAAAAUGGUCAGGGCACUGACUGUACAAACAAUAGAAACUGACUAAGAGCAUUUAAGAUACUUUUAUAAUACUUAAUAGUGUAAUUUCAAAUGCUGCAAACAGUACGUACUCUAUGUACCUAUUACGUGUAUUGAAACGCCCAUGUGAUAUGAGCAUUAAAGUGUUGUAUUUGAAAUUUAGACUCUAUAUAUCGUCGCCUUAUAGAAAAAACCACGUAUACGCCUUUUUGAAAAAUCACUCUACAAUAAUUCAUGUCAAAAAAAGCAUUUGAAAGUGAUUUUUGACGUUUACUAGAUUUUCUCUAUCCCCUGUAGAAAAUCUAGUAAAAAGCAAUAUUGCAAUUUGACAUUUGUGCAUAUAUAAAAGUAAAUGCGCAUUGCAAACAAAUGUCAAAUAGCAAUAUUGCUUUUUUAGAUGAAUUGCUUCGAUGUGGCCUUUUUAACCCCCCAGAUAGCGAAUUGAAUUCAAUUAUUUUCUACCUACAAAAGUGAGUGACAACAUUGUACAAUAGAUUGAAAUAAUAGACAAAGUAUCUUAUCUUAUUUACUUAUAUUUAUUCAAAGAAACAAUUAUAAAA